UGCCCUUUGCGUGUCUUUUCGAAAUUUCAUCAUGGCCGUGACAGUACCUAAUUUCCUUUACUUUUUUCGAAUAGUCAGUGGAACUAAUAUUGUAAAAUACGUUUAUUUGUUGAUGAGCAUAGCUUCUUUGCUAUGCGGUCGUUCACAAGGAGAUUCUAGAGAAUUUAAAUAUAUUACUUGUGGGAGUGUUUUAAAGCUAGUCAAUCCAAAGCACAAUGUUAGACUCCAUUCCCAUGAAGUUAAGUAUGGCUCUGGAAGCGGACAACAGUCUGUUACAGGAGUGGACAGUGCGGAUGACGGAAACAGCUACUGGGUUGUGAGAGGGAAAAUGGAUUCUCCAUGCAAAAGAGGGACUCCUGUUAAGUGUGGCAGCACAAUAAGAUUACAACACCUGGCCACUAAACGCAAUCUUCACAGUCAUCACUUUCAGUCACCAAUUUCUCAUAACCAGGAAGUGAGUGCAUUUGGUGAAAAUGGAGAUGGGGAUGAUUUGGACAACUGGUCUGUUAUUUGUCCUUCAAAGUUUUGGGAACGACAGGAUAAAAUUAGGUUCAAGCAUUCAGCUACUAAAGUUUAUCUGCAUGUAACUGGAGACCAGUUUGGCCGGCCCAUUAGUGGUCAAAAGGAAAUUAGUGGUUAUAGUUAUCCUGAAACAGGAAAUGAAUGGAAGGCAACGGAGGGCAUUUAUGUCAAACCCACCAAUUGAUUGUAGACCUGAUAGAACCCAGAUUUUGCACUAAGUUGUACAUUUGAACAGUUCUGGGACAGUACAACAGUGCUAUUUUCUAAAAUUCUGGCAUGGACCACAAGGAUUUUGAUAAAGAAUUGUUAGAAAAGCUUUGUGCAAGGAAUUACAUGGAAUUGUUUAUUAAAGAGCUGCUACAAAAAGAUUUGUAUCUAUGAGCUUUCUUGUCCCUGCUGGAUUUCAGACUCAGAUGCCAGAAACCCAGAUGAGGUAGUCAGUAACAUGCCCUUCCCUGCAUUUACAUUUACAUGUGGAAUAGACAAAAAAAUCAAGAAAAAUAAUGCAUUGAUGUAUUUGGCAAAAUUAUCGCGAUUUGUACAUACUUAGUUGUAUCAGAAUCACGAGUCAGAAUUUCUCUUUACUUUGUAUGGCUCUUGGAGAAUAUGCAAAGGUGGUAACCUUUUUUUAUAUUGAAUUAUUGAAUAUAAAAGUCAUUCAGCAGUACUGAUUAAAUCUGUCUACAUUUCA